AUGUCUAUCUCGGACCUAAGGCGCCUCUUUGUUCCUAACUCCGAACUCAGUAUUAGAACCCCUGUUCAAACUUUCUUGCGUCUUACCACUUCAUUCUCAAAACUACAGUCGCUUUGUAUAAUGGCUGCCCAAGUCGACCAAUCGUCAGCUCUUGAGCAAACAACUUCAGAUAAUGUGAUAAACAUGUUAGAUCCCGCAGCCCGAAGACGACUCCAAAAUCGCCUUAAUCAACGUGCUAGCAGAAGAAGGAAGGCGUUAGAGAAUCACAAACAACACAACACGACGGAUAGGAAAUGGGUUAUCUAUAUCAAUGAUUCAAACAUCCCAAAAAAAAAUUCAUCCACAGAAGCAGCAACAAGCCAUCAAGUUGCUAAAUUAUCGUCGCUUCCCCGCCAAAACAAAGAAAAUUUCUAUUACUUCAACCCUGCCCAGCGCGAUCAGUUUGCGGCCAAACUCCAUGAUGCAAAAAUUUUGCAUAUGCUUGAACACCCAGUUCUCUUAUCCAGUCCCACUUUUUGCGCCGCCCACUUCAGCGUUCUUCGAGCUAUGUUAAUCAAUGCCAAUAUCAUGGGCCUCACAAUUGAACUUCUCAAUGAAGACCUCGCAUCACAGUUCAAUCUCGUCGGUCCAUCCACGCUAUACCUCCCAGCAAGCCUGUGUCCAUCUCAGAAACAAAAGAAAAUCAUCCACCACCCCUGGAUCGAUUUAAUUCCAAUCCUGUCUCUACGCGAGGCUCUCUUGGCCAGGGCAGACGUAAUUGAUGAAGACGAAGUAUGCAGCGACUUUUAUGGAGCUUGUGGCGAUUCGCCAGAUGUCGGGAUUCGUGUUUGGGGCGAAGCUUGGGAUCCAUUUGCUUAUGAGGCCUCGGAGUCAUUGGUUAGGAAAUGGAGUUGGAUGGCGACAGACUGUCCCGACAUGAUCAAAAGUUCUAAUUACUGGAGAAAACAGCGAGGGGAAAAGGCCAUCGUGCUAAAAGAUAUCGAGUGA